ACAGCUCAGUUAUAUGUUAUCUGCAAUUUUGAAAGGUCUUUUAGAGGUUCUCUAAACCUUUUCCCACAACUUUAUAAAUGAGCUGCAGCGAGGAACACAGACAUUCAGCGAGCAACUGUGUAACAGUGAAGAUGGCCAGCAAAAUAGAGUACUUCAAACACAACGACGGCACCAAGAUUCAGCCCAUUGGAUUGGGAACCUUUGCGUCGGUGGAAGGCGAUUGCGAACGGGCCGUUCUCCAUGCGAUUGAUGUGGGCUACCGGCACAUAGACACCGCCUACUUCUACGGCAACGAGGGUGAAGUGGGUGCAGCGGUGAAGAAGAAGAUAGUCGAGGGUGUUAUCAAGCGGGAGGACAUAUUCAUCACCACCAAGCUUUGGUGCCACUUUCAUGAGCCGGAGAGGGUGGAGCACGCCUGCCGAAAGACCUUGGAAAACCUUGGUCUGGACUAUGUGGACCUCUACCUGAUUCACUGGCCCUUCUCCUACGCCUACCAUGGCGACAACGAAAUGAUCCCCAAAGAUGCCAAUGGAGAGGUGGAACUCAUUGACAUUGAUUAUGUGGACACCUGGCGUGCCAUGGAGAAGCUGGUGGAACUGGGCCUCACCAAAAGCAUUGGCGUUUCCAAUUUUAACUCGGAGCAGUUGACACGCCUUUUGGCCAACUGCAACAUCAAGCCAAUCCACAACCAGAUCGAAGUCCACCCAGCGUUGGACCAGAAGGAACUGAUUGCUCUGUGCAAAGCAAAUGAAGUUGUGGUGACCGCUUCUUGUCCACUGGGUCGACACAAUGCGGAGCUGAGGACGCCCACCUUUAUGUACGAUGGCAAGGUGCAGGCCAUUGGCAACAAAUACAACAAGACCAUUGCCCAAGUGCUGAUACGAUAUUUGAUUGAGAUGGGAACUGUUCCCCUGCCCAAGUCCUCCAAUCCCAAGCGCAUCGAGGAAAACUUCAAUGUCUUUGAUUUUAAAUUGGAUGCUGAGGAUCAUGCCAUCUUAAAUUCUUAUCACACUGGCGAACGUGUGGCUCAUGCUCGCCAGGCUAUCAAGAGCAAAUACUAUCCUUUUAACGUUUACAGUGCUUGCUUUUAAAAAUUUGAAUAAAGCUAUAAUUUAUAUUUAAUAAACAA